AUGAAGGGCGGGACUGGACGGCAGAUGAGCGAGAGCGCGUGGGAGAAGACGGCGAAGGACUUGUUUGCAGGGAGCGUGGCGGGGAUGGUGUCCCUAGCGGUCUGCUAUCCGCUGGACAUCGUGCGCACGCGCCUGCAGACCACAGACGCCUCGCGAUUCAACGGUGUGAUCGACUGCUUCGCCAAGACGGUCAAGGGCGAGGGAUUUCUCGCCCUCUACAAGGGCAUGUCCUCACCUCUGGCCGCGCAGGCCCUCCAAAAGGCCAUCAUGUUCGGGGCCUACGGUGCCGCCCAGCGAUUCAUCGUUGGCGGACGAGAUCGUGGCACCACGAGCUCUCCUCAGCCACUGAGCACAUUCGAGCUCCUUCUAUGCGGCAUGUUUGCGGGCAGCGUCAACACUGUCGUGGCAGCACCCAUCGAGCUCGUACGCAAUCGAUUGAUGACCCAGUACCACGCCAAGGCCGCGUCAGGGGCCGCAGAUGCGACCUUCUACACCGGACCGAUCGAUUGCUGCAAGAAGAUCGUGCAGCAGCACGGCCUGCGCGGCCUGUGGAGGGGUGUCGGUCCCACGCUGCUGCGAGACGGCCCGGGCGUGGGCGCCUGGUACGCCUCGUUCGAGUUUGUCAAGCGCCUGCUGAUCCCUGAGGGCAAGACGGCGAAGGACCUGGGCUUCUCGCGGCUGCUUCUCGCGGGCGCGGCGGGUGGUGUAGGGUACUGGGUGACGGCCUUCCCUCAGGACACCAUCAAGUCGGUCAUGCAAACCGACAAGGCGGGCAAGUACCGCAACAUGGCGCACUGUGCACAGGAGCUGUUCAGGGAGGGAGGAGUGCCGCGAUUUUACCGAGGGUUCCUGAUGGGCAUCACGAGAGGCGUGCCCGGCGCUGCCGCCACCUUCGCCACCUAUUCCAUCAUCAUGGACGCCAUCGCGUAA